AUGGACAUGGAUGAGAGGCAUCCACUUCUUGCGAACGUGGAAAGGGGUGGGAGGAAAGCUCACAGAAAGUCACUCGGUGAGACGGAGCUGAAUUGCCAUGUUGGGGUUGGAGAGGUGGCGGGUCAGAAACUGGUCGUGUUCGAUCCGCAGGGCGAUGCAGAGAACCCGAUGGAUUGGUCGAGGAAGUAUAAGCUUGGCAUUGUGUCGUUGUUGGGUCUCAUGGCCUUUGUGGUCUCCUUCACCUGCCUCGGCGUCGUCCCGGUAGCAGACAAGAUCGUUCACGAUCUCUCGGGCCGUACCGACAAGACGUCCUCCAUCCUCCUCGUCACCGUCUGGGAGCUGGGCGAAGCAGCCGGGCCCCUCCUAAUGGCCCCCCUCUCCGAAAUCUACGGCCGCUACCCCGUCUUCAACAUCGCCAACAUCGUCUUCAUCCUCAGCGUCAUCCUCGGCGCCCUCUCGCAAUCGACCGAGCUCUUCAUCUUCUCCCGCUUCCUGACCGGCUUCGCUGUAGCCAGCAAUGUGCUGAAUCCCGCUAUCAUAGGCGACAUCUACCCUUCCGAGCAAAGAGGCUCGGGGAUGAGUCUUGUAAUGCUCGCACCGUUGAUCGGGGGCACUUUUGGUCCGGCGAUUGGCGGUGCCAUGGCCGAGACGCUGGGCUGGAGGAAUAUCCUGUGGAUGUGUGCUGCGUGCGCCAUCCUUUGCGAGAUCGCGUUCUUCACUCUGCUGCGCGAGACUUAUAAGGUAAAGAUCCUCCGGCGGCGCGCCGCGGCCUUGCGAAUAUCGCAGAAAGACCAGAGUCUGAAAUGCGCUUUUGACGCCCAGAGCGGACGGAAAGAACUGUGGUGGGCGGUGCUGAGGACAGCCGUGUUGAGACCGGUACUUGUCAUGUGGGACUCGAGCGUGUUGAAGAUUAUGAGCUUCUACGCUGGCUUCACUUUUACCUUUUACUACAUCAUGGCCACGACUUUGCCGGGGAUGCUGCGGGACAUGUACGGGUUCUCGGAUGCUGCGGCCGGAUCUGCAUUCAUGUUCUUUAGCGUGGGAGCAAUGUGCGGCAUACUAGUGUGCAACCUCUUCCUCGACCGGAUCUACAUUGCCCUCUCCAUCCGCUCUUCCUCCAAAGAUACCGAAGAUCUCAAAGAUCCCGACUCCCCACCAACCACCAACACAACCCCCGAGUUCCGCCUCCCCCUCAUGAUUGUUGCCGCCACCCUCUUUCCCCUGGUAAACUUUCUCUACGGCUGGGUCCCUGCUUCCGGCUGGCCCGCCUGGGCCCUCCUCCUCAGCGUCGGUCUCUUCGGCUUCGUCCUGAUCGUAAUGUCUGCCCCCUCAUCUUCCUACAUCGUCGACGCCUUCGGAAUGUAUUCCGCGUCUGCGAUGACUAUGGUUCUGCUCACGCGAUGCACGAUGGGGACCCUGUUGCCGCUGACCAUCCCCGUGCUGACGGACACGCUGGGGCUGAGAGGCGCAUUCACGUUGCUGGCUGCGGUAUGCGUGGUCAUGGUGCCGCUGCCGGUCGUGGUCAUGCGUUACGGCGGCGUUUGGAGGCAGAAGUCGAAAUAUACCAGAGAUGAGUGA